GCGUAGCUAGGCGACCAGGGGCGGGGGCUCCAAGUGGGUUUUGCUCUGGCGGCGGCAGCGGCCGUUCCGCAGGGGCGGGAAGAGGUGCGGGACCCCACGGCGGGGCGGGCCGGCCCGGCCCGGCGGCGCACUCACCCCGCGGCCCGGAGCGGUCCGGCCGCUCGCGGACAGAGGGGCGGCGGCGGCAGCGGCAGCGGCAGCGGCAGCAGAAGGCGGCGGAGCGGGGACCGGAGACCGGAGCGGGCCGGGCGGGGGCUGCCCCGUGAGCCGGUGCCGGCGGUGGAUGUGCGGCUGGGGCGAGGGGAUGAUGCUGGCGGGGCCGCAGCUGGUGGCGGGGCCGGCGGCGCCGGGCGGGGAGCGGGCCCGGCUGCUUUCGCUCUACGUGCAGGACUACCUGGAGUGCGUGGAGUCGCUGCCGCUGGACAUCCAGCGCAACGUGUCGCUGCUGCGGGAGGUGGACACCCGGUGCCAAGAAGCUUUAAAGGAAAUAGACGACGUCUAUGAAAAAUACAAGUCUGAGAACGAUCCUGCUCAGAAGAAACGCUUGCAGCAGCACCUCCAGCGGGCUUUAAUCAACAGUCAAGAACUCGGAGAUGAGAAAAUUCAGAUAGUUACUCAGAUGCUGGAACUGGUAGAGAAUAGAGCCCGACAGAUGGAAACACACUCUCAGUGUUUUCAGGAUCUGUCUGAAAACGACAAGCCUCUGGAAAAGGCCAAGAUGGAGUCCUGCCAGCCAGAGAGAUCAUCACGUAGACCUCGUCGGCAGCGAACCAGCGAGAGCCGCGACCUGUGCCAUAUAGCCAACGGGAUCGAUGACUGCGACGAUCAGCCACCUAAAGAGAAAAGAUCGAAAUCUUCCAAGAAGAAAAAACGCUCCAAAGCCAAACAAGAGAGGGAGGUUUCACCCGUGGAGUUUGCGAUUGAUCCCAAUGAACCGACUUACUGCUUAUGUAACCAAGUGUCUUACGGCGAAAUGAUAGGAUGUGAUAACGAACAGUGUCCUAUUGAGUGGUUCCACUUCUCGUGUGUUGGACUCACCUAUAAACCGAAGGGGAAAUGGUAUUGCCCCAAGUGCAGAGGAGAUAACGAGAAAACGAUGGACAAAUGUACUGACAAAUCAAAAAAGGAUAGAAGAUCGAGGUAGUGAAUGCGAUUCGUGUUUUAAAGAGUUGCUCCUUUUAUAUUGAAAUGUUUAAUUUCCAGAGAAUGCUGUUUUAGGAGAUGCAUAAGACUAUGCAAUAAUUUUUAAUCUAUAAUAUUAAUGGAGUAUUAAAAGCUGUUAUACCUUCUGUGAUCUUUAACUUUCUGCACUGAAUAACCAAAUAGUCGAAACAGGGUGGCUUCAGACGUUCACAGAAGACGUUACAAGCAUAUGGCGCUUGAUGGCAAUUUAACCCCGGUAGUAUUUUAAAACGACGACGUGUGAAUCUUGAAGUAAUGGUGGUGGGAAAGAUACUGGAGAACUUCUUUUCAUGCUAGGGAGAAGGCAGUGAAAUGCCUCGCCUAACUGCUAUCAUCUUAACAACUGAAUCUGUUCUUCAUCCCAGGUCUUAAGUUUGUGUGUUGAGAUCACGCAUUUAGGAACAGGGCUUUUUAAUUCGGCUGUAACUGUAGAAGUCUUCCGAGCUAAAAGCAGACCUCUCCAGUGACUCUCAUAUCACCAGUAUGUUGUUCCAAGGAAGAAAAUACCACUAACUUAAGCUUUUUUUUGUCAAUAUUAAAGUAUUGUCUUUGUGACUUUA